AUGAGAAGUGUAAAUACUCUUGUACAACUACUUGGUGUUGCCGUCUUAUUGGUAGCAUUGAGCGUCAUGGCUGUCAGUGCUGAUACUUACAAGCCUCCUCAACAUUGUUACAAGAAAUGUACUCAUUACAAGUAUCUCAAAGGCAAAUGUGUGGAUUAUGAAUGGAGAGGAACCAAGAAGGAAUGUUGCCAAUGGAAGACAGUUGGUAAAGGAAAGUGUGAUUUGUAUAAGAAGGUUUACAAGUGCGACAAGUACAGCAAGCCAAGAAAAAUCUGCCUCGGACACGGAUACAAACAAGUCUGCAGCAAGACCACCAAGCACAAAUUCUGUAAGAAGUUCCAUUGGAAGAGAAGCUGCGACAAGUAUGGAAAGAACCACAAGUGCGAUCAAUACGCUUAUCAUUUCUUGUGUACCAGAUAUGAUACCUCCUCAAGAUGUACUCUCUUUACCUACGUUCCAAAGAUCAAAUACUUUUAUAAGACGAGAUGUAAUAGAUAUGCUGUUCGUCAAUAUUGUGCCAAAUACAAGACCAUCAGUAAGACCAUUCAAAAGUGGAAGAAGGUUUCUGGAAAUCACUACAAGGGAUGGACCGAUCAUUACUAUCAUCAAUCCUUGAUCCCUAAGAAGCAUCAAAUUUGUGUCGUUUAUGCCAAGAAGAAGUACUGCGUGGGUCAUCAACGAGUUCGUUUCAGUAAGAAGGUUGCCUAUCGUAGAAAAUGUAUUAAGGCUGUUACUCGUAAAUACUGUGUGGCCAAAAAGAGAGUUAGAUUCUGUACCAAGUGGACUCCAACUACUCAUUGCAAGAAGAAUGUCAAGUAUAGAGUUUGUAAGGCCUAUAAGAAGCAAUACUUUUGCUGCAAGUACAAGGCUUAUCCAUUCUGUACUCAAAAGAAGAAACUCAAGCCAAGAUGUAUCAAGAAGUCCUUCAAGAGAGUCUGUGCUCACUACUCCAAGGGUCAAAAGGUCUGUUCCAAGUAUCAAUUUGUUGGUGGUAAGAAGUAUUGUCGUAAGAGAGCUACUAGAUCAGUCUGUAAGACCUACAAGAAAGUUUGUACCAACAUUGAUACGUACAAGAAGUAA